GGUUUGUUGCUGGCGGUUCUUCUGGUGUCCAACAUGCUUUUGACCAAGGAAGGAGUGACCUCCUUGCCAAUCUGCCCCAGUGGAUCUGUCAACUGUCAGAUGUCCCUUGCGGAACUUUUUGAUCGGGCAGUUAAACUUUCACACUACAUACACUACCUCUCUUCAGAAAUAUUCAAUGAAUUUGAUGAACGCUAUGCUCAGGGUCGGGGUUUCAUUACAAAAGCUGUUAAUGGCUGCCACACUUCCUCUUUAACCACUCCUGAAGAUAAGGAGCAAGCUCAGCAGAUUCAUCACGAGGACCUACUGAAUUUAGUACUUGGAGUGCUGCGUUCCUGGAAUGAUCCUCUGAUCCAUCUGGCCUCUGAAGUGCAAAGAAUCAAAGAAGCUCCAGAUACCAUCCUCUGGAAGGCUGUAGAGAUUGAGGAGCAAAACAAGAGGCUUCUAGAAGGAAUGGAGAAAAUAGUUGGGCGGGUUCAUUCUGGCGAUGGUGGAAAUGAAAUUUACUCUCAGUGGGACGGCCUUCCAUCCCUGCAACUUGCUGAUGAGGACUCCAGACUCUUUGCUUUUUACAACCUGUUGCAUUGCUUCCGCAGAGAUUCCCACAAAAUCGACAACUAUCUUAAAGUUUUGAAAUGCCGCCUAAUCCAUGACAGCAAUUGCUAAGUACCUCUGGGCUGCAUUACUCACUGAAACCAUUCAUCACAGUUUUCCUGUUGCUUUGCCACUUUUCAUUGCAAACCUUACAAAAAGCCACAU